CUAUCCAGUAAACCCGGCGAAGCGUCCGAAUCAAACUUACGGAAACAUCUUUCGCCCUGUUUGAAGACCUCUAUUUAAGAAGCUGAUAACUUUGGACUUUGCAAAACGCUUGCCGUGACAAGUAUAAUUUUUUUUAACGUUUUCCUUGCUCAAAGAGCGAGCGAGAGAGAGAAAAAUCAAAUCGGACAAAAUGCGCCUGAUCCAGAACAUGUCAACCAUCGCGGAGUACCCAACGCCAGAGUUCCCGUCGGGUCGGGUCAUCAAGAUUGCGGUGAUAGGAGGCAGCGGAGUUGGGAAAACAGCGCUGGUGGUUAGAUUUCUAACACGACGCUUCAUCGGAGACUAUGAACGAAAUGCGGGUAAUCUGUAUUCAAGAGAAGUCCAGGUGGAUGGUGAGCAAGUGGCCAUCCAAGUUCAGGACACUCCCGGAGUGGAGAUGACGGAUAAUGCCAUCACCCUCCCUGACCAUGUGACCUGUUCCAUCCAGUGGGCAGAUGCUGUGGUGCUGGUCUAUUCGGUGACAGACCGCCGCAGCUUUGACUUGAUUGACCAGUUGCACCAGAUGAUUGUGCGGACAGGAGGUGCUAAUGUGCCCCCCGUCAUCCUGCUGGCCAACAAGGCGGACCUACUGCACCUAAGGCGGGUGGACACCCAGCAGGGCCCCUCACUGGCAGGAACGCUGGGCUGCUCUUUCUACGAGGUAUCUGCCAGCGAGGACUACAGCCAGGUGCACGGGGCAUUCCACAGACUGUGCUGCCAGCUGGCCAAGCAGCAACCCCCUGCCUCCCUCUCCUCCCAAACAUCUGCAAGUGGUGGUACAGAGAAGAGACGCUCACCUCUCCUCCCCAGGCCUAAGUCUCCCAACAUGCAAGACCUGAAGAGGCGCUUCAAGCAGGCCCUGUCAGCCAAGGUCCGGACUGUCACGUCCGUGUGAGACAGGCAAGGUGAUUGAAGGUGGUCCAGAGUGGCUACAGAAAAAGGAAAGUAAACAGGGAGGAAGAGAAUGGAGGACAGAGAUCUGCGCCUCCCCCUUUGAGGCUCCUUCGUCUGUGCCCGAAAAGAAGGCGGGUAUGAUGUGAGCUGCAGCAUGUCCUGUAUAGUGACACAUGGGGGCAGUUAAACCUCGACAGAGGUAAUGACCUCUUGGUGGGCUGUCCAGUCUGUCACAGGUGUAGAGGAGGCAAGGUGUUUUAUAAUCUAUUCAGGAGUGGAUGCACAUCCGAGGAGACACAGAGAAACGCUUAGAUAUGCAAAGCGUAUAAACUGUGACAAACUCUUUUACAACCUCUCUUGGCAACAGCAGCCCCAAAAGACACCACUGCAUCUUUUGAUUUAUCUAUUGUGACAGUGUCUUGUGUUUAUUCAGACUGCUACUACACGGCAGCACUCUGUGCUGGUAACUGACCAACCACUUGUGCUCGGUACAGACAUAUAAUAUGUGUUCAAUCUCUUGUCCAUCAUUAUCUGCAAUGCAUUCCCUGUACAACAGCCAAAACCAUCAUUCUACAUGACAAAAUGAUGGGGAGGCUCCAGGUGGAGCAGCUCCAGGUGGAGCAGCAGACAUCAUAUGUAGCGUGUGGCGGUUAUUACUGAUGCACUUUAAAAAGAAUCGCCUAUCGGGGCUAUUAUUUAUUUGUAAUUUCACUUUUGUUCAAAAUAAAGAUUUUAAAUUUC